CACUCAUAAAAAGUCCCUGGCCACCUGCCUAGAAAACGGGAAGCGUGCGCGGCCCCAGAGGGAGAGGAUGGCCCUCCGUUUGGAUUCCACCGCAGAGCCACUUGAGAAACUGCAAGUCCCCGCAUGGGGAGCUGGAGCUGACAGAGGGAGCUCACCCGCGCUCUCCCCGGAUUCGAACCUGCGACCUGUCGGUCUUCAGUCCUGCCGGCACAAGGGUUCAGUCCACUGCGCCACCGGGGGCUCCUGUGGUAGAAUGUCCGUGGAGCAACACGGCGGGGCAGCGCCCUUCGCCAAGCGCGUCCUGGUCACCGGAGGGGCAGGCUUCAUUGCAUCUCAUGUGGUGGUUUCUCUUGUCGAAAGGUAUCCAAACUAUAUGAUCAUUAAUCUAGAUAAGCUGGACUAUUGUGCAAACUUAAAAAACCUAGAGAUUGUUUCUGAGAAACAUAACUACAAGUUUGUCCAGGGAGAUAUCUGUGAGCUGAAUUUCAUAAAAGAAUUAUUUGAGACUGAGAAAAUUGAUAUAGUAUUACAUUUUGCAGCGCAAACACAUAUAGAUCUUUCCUUUUUGCACAACCUUGAAUUCAACUAUGUUAAUGUUUACGGGACUUACAUUCUUGUUAGUGCUGCUUAUGAGGCUAAAGUGGAGAAGUUCAUCUAUGUCAGUACUGAUGAAGUGUAUGGAGGAAGUUGUGAUCAGGAAUUUGAUGAAUUGUCACCCAAAAAGCCUACAAAUCCUUAUGCGUCAUCUAAGGCAAUUGCUGAAUGCAUUGUUCAAGCCUAUUGGGAAAAAUAUCAGUUUCCAGUCAUUAUCACACGGAGCAGCAAUGUUUAUGGGCCUCACCAAUUUCCAGAAAAGGUUAUCCCGAAGUUUAUUUCACUCUUACAGCAGAACAGAAAAUGUUGCAUUCAUGGCUCUGGACUUCAGAGAAGAAAUUUCCUUUAUGCUAGUGAUGUAGCAGAUGCAUUUCUUACUAUAUUGAAGAAGGGACAGCCUGGUGAAAUUUAUAAUAUUGGGACCAACUUUGAGAUUUCUAUUACGCAACUUGCAAAGGAAUUAAUUCAUCUUAUAAAAAAUACCAGUUCAGAUGCUGAGACAGAAUAUUGGGUGGAUUAUGUUAAAGACAGACCUAUAAAUGACUUGGGAUACCCAAUGAACUCUGGAAAAAUGUACGGCUUGGGAUGGAGGCCUAAAGUACCUUGGAAAGAAGGAAUAAAGAAAACAAUUGAAUGGUAUCAAGAGAAUUUCUACAACUGGAAGAAUGCAGAGAAAGCUUUGGAGCCUUUUCCUGUUCCUGAGAAAUCUGUAUGAUUCAAUCUCCAACAAAACUGGGGGGAAAAAGAAGUGAAGAAAACUAUUCUACCUCAAGACCAUAUUAUGAAAAAUCUGCUUAAGCUGCUAAAGUGAUGGUGCCUUGUUUUCCAAGAAAUGUGAAAUAUCAGGGUCAAAGAAGAAGAUAGAAUGAAAUUCGAGAUCUCUAAUCUUAAUCCUUUUUGGGGCUCAACUUAAUUUAAUCAACAUUCCAGUGCAAUAUCAAAACUCAAAUGAUUUUUGAACAUAAAUAAUGGUAUUAAAGCAAUUUUCAAUGAAAUGUAUUUGUUUAAUAUAUUAAUUUUAUAUUGUGUAUUAACUGUUACUUUUAAAAAGUCUAGGUAGCAAUUUUUUUUCACUGAACUUGGCAGAGAGCUUAUGCCAAAUACUUUUCUAUUGUACUUGCUGGAAUAACAUGCUUAUUUCAAUCAAAUAUAUUUGAUUUCCCUUCUGUUUAUUUCAUAAUUCUACAAAUCUGUUAACAUUGCAGACAUAUAGGCUCUUAUAAAUACAGAUACAUAUUACAUGAUGCUUUUUCUGGGUUAUUUUAAAACUUUUUUCUGUGUCAAGAGUGACUUGAGAAACUGCAAGUCGCUUCUGAUGUGAGAGAAUUGGCCAUCUGAAAGGACGUUGCCCAGAUAACGCUUGGAUGUUUUACCAUACAGUGGGAGGCUUCUCUCAUGUCCCUGUAUGGGAAGCUGGAGCUGGCAUAUGGGAGCUCACCCCACUCCCUGGAUUCGAACUGCUGACCUUUCAGUCAGCAGUCUUGCUGGCACAAGGGUUUAACCCAUUGCACCACCGGGAAAGGUUUAGAGCAGCUUGGCUGUAUCUUGUAUUCCAGUCUCUCCUUCCAUUUUCAGUUCUGUCCAAAUAGCAACUGGAGGAUCUGAAGGAAAUGUAAGAAUCUAGUCAGCCUUAGGUUAGCUUCACUAGGAUUUUGCAAGGUCCUCCAAUGCAAUUCUAUGGUAACUUGCAGGAGAAGCAUGGUAACUUGCUUGGAGGACAAUUCCUACUUUUUAGUAGUGGCAGCAACAUCAUGACAGUAUGCAGUGUAUAGUAACACAAACUCCCCUGAUAGUCUUUUUUGUAGAUGUUUAGAAUCCUAAAAGUGCAAUAACCACAGUUCUGGCAUACCAAAGGACCACGCUGUUGACUCAGGAUAUUGGGCUAUAAAUCUAAUUCCUAUAAUGAAAAAUAUGAAAGCAGCAUUAUUUUUCUUCAUUGCAUUUUCAAGUUAUGGCACUUCUUAGAACAGGUUUAUCAGCUUAGUCCAUGAAGUGCAUGUGGAUUGACUCUUACCACGAACUGCAUAGGGCUUCAUUAGAAUCAAAGCUCUGCCAGUUCCAAAAUGUAGAUUGCUGCUUGAAAGGGAUUGCUUUGCUACAUGGAAUUAUUUUCUGUGUAACAGUUCAGAAAGUUCCUUUUGAAAAGUGAUUUGGUCUUGUUACAUAUUACAGUGUUUGAGAAGUAAUCCAUUGCUAAUGCUAAUUGAAUCUUGAAAGAGUAAUGUGCCGUAUUACUUUUUGCAUGGCUUGUUCCUUUCCCAUAAAUAUUUUGUAAUUUUUUGAGAAGCAAAAUCUUAAGAGAAUGAUAUAAAAAUUGGAAAAAAACCCCAACAUCCUGCUAUCAUGGUAGCUCUAGAAAUGCCCUGGAAACUGUUACUUAGUAUAUUACGUAAAGGAACUUUGCUCUUGCUUGUUACAUUGCUUUUGAAAUGUAUGUAUGUUGACACAAAAAGUAACUAGUCACAGGUAAUUCAUUCCUUGAUUUUAAGAUUGUAAAAUUUACGCUACACCAGGUCUCUUGUGCAUAUUGUUUGGGACACAUGUCUGCCUCUCUCACAUGUCUGUCUCUGGAGCACUGCCGGGUCUGGGAGCCAGUGUUAUCCCUGAGACUCUGGUAGGUUAGUGCCAAAAACAAAAAGCCAGAAGGAACUGGAAGGGCAUUUCCACUUUAAAAAAAAAUCAACUUUUCAAAAUGUUAGACAGUGUGGGAAGGCCCUUGCAAUCUAUUCGAAAGAUGAAUUGCCGCUCCAGGAAGCUUUCACAGUUUCUUAGUGGUGCUCGUUUCCAAAAAAGUACCAAAUCUAUCUGAAGGAAUUGAAUGUGCAGAAGAUAUGCAUUCUUUUGCUAUAAAAUGCAUUUUUUCAAGCCCUGUAACUAAGUGAUUUGAUUCAUUUUGAUAGCUUUGACCCGUACAUAAUAUUCUACUCCUAGCCAACAAUGUUCUGCCACCAAUUUUUCAUGUUUUUGUUUUUUGCUUUGAUACCUUUUGGAAACAAACUCCACGUUUUCUGUAUUUGUGUUAGAAAAAGAGCAGUUGGGAGUGUGGAGGUCUCCAUGUGGCCAGGGAGUAAGGAAGACCAUCCCUGAUCUAGAGUAGUAGGGGAUAAUGGUGUUGGACUGGAAUCUCCAGCAUAUUAUUUUGCCAUUUUCUGUGCUGGUCAGGGCUCUUGGGGUCCAACAGUAGCCUAAUCAUUGCUCGGUGUGCUGUUACUUUGGUUUUGCCCACAUGUUUACAAUUUUCUCUCCCAUAGUUUCCAGAUGCUCUUUAGCAGCUUAUUUCAGCUAGACCAAAGAAACACUUAGUGCACCUUAAAUAGGAAAUUUUUUUAUUUUACACAAGCUUUCACAGAUCGUGACCCAAUCCAGAGGUAUCUGAUAAAAGUUGUUUAUGUCACAUAUAAGGCCCAAAGUUUCUUAGGCCCAAAUCCAGCCCUCAGUUUUUGCUGGAGUUUGGUUCCACAAACCCCAGUGGAUACCAAAAUCAGUGAAUGCUCAAGUUUCACAAUAUGCAAACGUAUGCCAUGGGAUCUCUGAAAUGAUACGAGUCUAUAGCAGGUUAUGCCCACACACAAAUAUAUUGCAAGGAUUGCUUUUCCUUUUUUGUUGUUUGAAUCAGUGAGUGCAUAUCCUAUGGAUAUAGAGGGCCAACUGUAAUACUAGUGGAGAGAAAAGUCCCAUUGGCAAGGCUGCACUGGAUUGCAUCAUUGGACAAUGCCCUAACUCAGAAAAUAGGCAUUUGCUGUUGGAAUAGCCACUGGGCUGGCUCAGUGACAUCAAUGGAUACUCAUCUUGGUUUUUAACAUGCUGCAAUACAUUUUUAAAAAUUCCUUCAUCAAUAAUGUCCUGUCAGCAUAGUUGAAGUAUAUUUCUCCUUUUUAAAACAACAAGGGGGCUUUUAAGAAUUGGGGGUUGCAUUAUUCAUAAACCCAUUGUCAAGUUCUAUGCAAUGUAAAAUGACUGAUGAAAUAAAAUUAUGAUUUGAUAA